CCCUGCUGCUCAGAACAUAGAUUACACUGUGGCUUUUAAAUUGGCGCGAUUGGUUUUUUGGAUAAGCUGUUGAAGACGCAGACAGUCCAAGGGCACAGGGACAUCACUCUGCUUCAUCCGAGCUUCAAACUCUCUGUAGGAUGUCUGAGGGAGAUGUUACAGUGCUCCCACUGGGACUUGCCUCUCUGUCCCUGUCCAGGCAGGAGCACCAGAUGCUGAAAAGGCUCUACAGCUGGAAUGGAGGAUAUCACCUGAGGAUUUUACCAGAUGGAAGUGUGACUGGUGGGAGGCAGGAAAAUGAUCCUUACGACAUCCUCAAGCUUAAGGCAGUGAGUGUGGGAGUGGUGGUCAUUAAGGGUGAGAAGACAGGAAGGUACUUCGCCAUGAACAAAAACGGGCACCUCUAUGGAUCACAAGAACUGAAUGAUGAGUGUUACUUCCUUGAGAAGUAUGAAGAAAACCACUACAGCACAUAUCGCUCUCAGAAAUACAACUGGUAUGUUGCACUGAAGAGGAACGGACAACCUAAAGCAGGACCAGACACCCACCAGGGUCAGAAGGCCAUCUUCUUCCUGCCAAGGCCUGCAGGCAACAUGUAAAGCAAGACAACACUAGGAACCACAGACACGCUCACUGAAGUCUUACAUGCACAUUAAUAGUGUAACGUUACACUGGGCAAAGUAGCCUAUUUAAAGGUCAAGGGAAAUCUAUAUGUUAGGCCGGUAAAGCCUGAGGCAAACACAUAAUGCUGUUUUUACACUUAGUUAAUACCAAGUCUGUAUAUUCCUCUUGUUUAGGCAGGAAUCAAGCAACUCCAGCAGGUGUAAGCAGCUUAUACAUGAGCAUCACAGAGAUAAUAUCCCAAACACCUUCUGCUUAUAAGCACAUGCAUACUUUCUCAGAGCAAACAUGCAACAUGCAGUGUCAGUGCACGCCAGAACGUCGCUUUGAACCCUGGCAUGACAUACCACUGCUAGAAGACAGCAAAGAACCUGUGAAGUGAGAAGAAAGAAAAAAAAAAGCUGACCAUGUGGUGUGGAAUUCAAACUCAUGCAAAGGUUAUCAAGUUGUACACUACAGGGAAUACUAGCUUAGUGGCUCUUCAGCAGGGUGGAUGUUUGCUACUUUACUUUUAACUAAGCCCGUUUAAUACCCGUUUCUGCAGCCACUUGACUUCUAUGUGGAACUAUGUCAGCAUUUUCAAAAAUGUCGUUUUAUGUAAACGAUCAAAUCUGCACAAAAAACUUUAUUUACACAACAUUAGAAAUCUCCUGAGAGUAAAACAAAUCAAUUCCAAGCUAUCAGUAUCAAAGUGUCCCAACAAGAGUUACAGUUUUCCACGGCAACAUGGAAACAUUUGUACGAUUGUAUACAGUAACUAUACGGUAUGAAUAUAUUGUUACUACUUGUGGUUAGGUCUUGAAGGUAGAUGUUAGAUCUUUGUUUCAGUAAUUAGAAACAAUUUAACAUUUGUUGGUGGCAAAUGCUCAACUAUUUGAUACACACACACACACACACACAAACUGACCUUUCUGUCAAGGACUAUAGGUGUUACAAAAACUUCUUUUCACUAGGCUCAUAGUCCAGUAGAGGUUUCUGCAAGCAUAUUUCUUUUGCUUUACUGAGACACACGUUACUGUGAACUCAUACUAGGCUAAAUUACAUAGUCAGUGUUUAUUUAUGUUUUAUUGUGAAAUGUACUCUCACUGAAUAUUGUAAACAGUUUCAAAAUAAGUUAUACAUAUACUGUACACUGAACAAGCAAAAGUUAAUGUGAACACCUUAUCACAAAGUAAUACAUAUUAUAUUAAGUCUAUUUAAAUCUGUAUUGUAACCCAUGGAUACAUUG